CCAUUAGCAGCAGUUGAGGGGGUGAACUAUCUUGAUGCUCCAUGUCCGGGAUUCAGUGCUGCCGACUGUUUGCCUGGACCGUACUGUACCGGAGAUGCCAAGAUGGCUGCAAGCAACUAUUUCGGCUUCACACAUGGUGCCGGUCCCCAAUACAGUACCCAGCCUCCCCCGGCCUACUCCCACCCCUCUACAGCCAGUUACAGUGUCCAGCAGGCUCCAGCUGUGGCUCAUGCAGUGACUGCCUCCUACUCUCCAGCUCCAGUCCAGGCAGCCCGGCCGGUGGCUUCUGCCCCUUACCCCGCCUAUCAGAGCCACCAGGCACCUCCAGACUACACGUACAGACAACCAGAUCCUCCGCAGCCCACCACCACCCCACAGACGUACCAAGUAUACUCAGAAACGGACAAUUACACCUACGGACGCCCUGCGGCUGUGACCACCUAUGACAAUAAGCAGUACUACCAGACUAGUAUAGCCACGGCUCAGAGGACACCUGCAGAGAGCUACUACCAGACUGUUGGAGUAAAGAGUGCUUACAGUCCAGCGCCCUCUACCGUGUAUAGCCAGCCUCCUCCUCCUCAGAGGCAGGUGACUGCUUUGAAACCUCUGGUGCCCUCUAGCUCUGUGUCCACAAGUUACAACAUCUACCCAGUGUCCACCAGUGUCCAACAGCCUCCAACGCCCAUUUCAUCCUACACCCUCGGCACCUCUUUCAGCUCCACUGCUUCAGCCACCUCCUACUCAGGCAUCGGCUACUCCAAUUAUGAUUCAAUUGGCUACACCUCCGCAUCCAGUUCGUCAUAUUACCAGCCGGCCCAGCAGACUCUCUCCCAACCCCAGCCUCCACCACAGCAGUCACAACAGCCCCAACAACCCCAGCAUCCCAUCCAGCCACCGCCCAAACAGCUGACAAGCUCAUCUUGGAGCAACUCAGGCAGCAACAUGGUGACGGCUCCGACAGGAAACACAUAUAAAAAGCCCACUUUUCAUCAGAACAAGCUACAGAAGCCCAAAGGGCCUCCCAAGCAGCCGCAGCUUCAUUACUGCGACAUCUGCAAAAUCAGCUGUGCUGGUCCACAGACGUACCGGGAGCACCUUGAGGGACAGAAGCAUAAGAAAAAGGAAGCAGCCCUGAAGUCUGGGGGGCAGACAGGCACUACCAAUGGACCCAGAGGUGUCCAGACUCAGUUACGCUGUGAGUUAUGUGACGUCUCUUGCACUGGAGUCGAUGCCUAUGCUGCCCACAUCCGUGGGGCCAAACACCAGAAGGUGGUGAAACUUCACACCAAGCUUGGCAAACCUAUACCUUCCACUGAGCCAGUGCUGGUGAAUUCUGCUCCAGUUAUCACAACCUCCACAGCUGGGAAAUCUCCGGUGUCCUCUACACCUGCCUCACUCUCAACCACUUCGACUCCUACUGUGACCCCCAAACAAGUGGUGGCAAACAGCACAGCUAAAACAACCGCGCCAGUCAAGAAACCAACUCCUUCCAAGAUAACUGUCAUUUCCAAUAAGCCAGCCAGUGCUGCUGCGCCUCCAGCACAAGUGAUGGCGGUGGCACCCAGGGUGGAGGAGCCAGUGCAGCUUUCAGCCCAGAAGAUGGAGUCGCAGAGUGAGGACGAGGACUUUGACAGAGCCGGAGGCCAGGGGGACAUCCAACCAGUGGGACAUGACUAUGUUGAAGAGGUCCGUAAUGACGACGGAAAAGUGAUUCGAUUCCACUGUAAACUGUGUGAGUGCAGCUUCAAUGACCCCAAUGCUAAAGACAUGCACCUCAAGGGAAGACGCCAUAGACUUCAAUACAAGAAGAAGGUGAACCCAGAGCUUCCGGUGGAGAUCAAGCCCAGUAACCGGGCCAGGAAGCUGCAGGAGAGCAAGCUGAAGAAGCAGAAGCAGAAGGCGGUACUGAAGAGACAGCGAGACGAUGAGCAGCGCUGGCACAUGGAGAUGAGACGGUAUGAGGAGGACAUGUACUGGAGGAGGAUGGAGGAGGAGCAGAUGUACUGGGGGGAGCAGAGACGCAGGAUGCCUCCUCCACCUCUGAUGAGUCGCACUGGUAUGCCAGUGCCCCCUCUACUGUCUUGUGUACGCCGGCCCGACUCUCCUGAUGAUCGUCACAUCAUGGCCAAACACUCCACCAUUUACCCAGUGGAAGAGGAGCUUCAGGCUGUCCAGAAGAUCGUCUCCCACUCUGAGAGAGCUCUAAAACUGGUGUCAGACUCCCUGUUGGAGAAAGAGACGCCUGCUGUAACUACUGCUGCUUCUGAAGACGAAGAUGAAAAAGGUACUGAGAACUCAGCCCGGCUGCUGAAAGGUGUGAUGAGGGUGGGCAUCCUAGCCAAAGGCCUGCUGCUUCGCGGGGACAGAAAUGUGGAACUCAUCCUGCUGACUGCUAAGAAACCCACUGUCACAUUAUUGAAGAACAUCACCAAGCAGCUGCCUAAGGAACUAGCGACUUUUUCUGAAGAUCAGUAUGAGGUGCAGGCUCACCCAGAGGAGGCGAACAUCGUGAUAUUUUCAAGCAAGGAGCCCAAAAUGCAGGUGACCAUUUCUCUCACCUCGCCGCUGAUGAGGGAGGACCCUGCUGCUGAGAUGGACAAGCAGGCAGGAGGAAAAGCGGCUGAGAAAGGUGUGACUGACCCUCCUGAUCUUCUGAAUAAGAAGAAAUGUCAGGAAUACUUGGCUGCUCUCCGUCAUGCCAAAUGGUUUCAGGCUCGUGCGAAUGGGCUACAGUCCUGUGUGAUCAUCAUUCGGGUGCUGAGAGAUUUAUGUCAGCGGGUUCCCACCUGGGGGAAGAUGCCUUGUUGGGCGAUGGAAUUGCUGGUGGAGAAGGUGAUCAGCAGUGCUACAGGCCCACUCAGUCCAGGGGAGGCCAUGCGCAGAUUCCUGGAGUGCAUCUCUACAGGCAUCCUGUUGCCAGAUGGUCCAGGUUUGAUGGAUCCCUGUGAGAAGGAGCCAACAGAUGCUUUGGAAAGCAUGAUGAUUCAAGCCAGAGAGGAGAUAACUGCCAGCGCACAACACGCUCUGCGGCUGCUGGCUUUCCGUCAGAUCCACAAGCUCCUAGGCAUGGAGUCUCUGCCAGCGUCCAAGGCAAACGCUCGCAACCGCAAACGCCGACGGGAUGUCAAUGACGCGGGUGAAGAUGAGGGGGAGGGCAAAAAAGACAAGAAGGAAGAAGUGGAGAGCGCUUGACCUCUGCCUCCAGCAAUGAGGCGUUAACUAGUUUCAAUACUGGUAGAAUGUCACAACUUUUCUUAUCUUGAAAACAAUCUUAACACGCAGCUAUACAUAGGAAAAUAACCUUGACUUGUUACAUGUCUGCCCUUGAAUUAAGAGGUUUGAAGAAUGUGAGGAAGGUCAGGGGCUGAAGUUUAAGGAUCUGUACUGCAAUUCCUUCUUUAUAGUGAUUUAAAGCAGAUGCAGAGUAAGUUUCAAGUGUGCAGAGUAAACCGGCUCAGUAAUUAAUCAUGAAAAUUACUGAUUGCAUCAUUCCAUUUCAACAGCACACUAACUACUGACCAUCCCUCCCUUGUUGACUGUUACCUGCAGUCGUUUUGCUUUAUGAGAUAUUUAAUCUCCAGUACAGUUCAAACAUCAGCACCUUACGCUUUAUUUUCAGCUCAUCUUUUUGGAGAAUAGCUGAACUUUGCUGCUCUUCAGGCCAGUACAGUUUCACCAUCCGACUCCCGAGGCAGGACUAACUGACCGUACAUUGAUGCAUGACAUUCGCUUCUGAAAAGCCUGGUGGGAAGUGUGGACAGUGUUGAGGAGCUACAUGUGUACAGAACUGUGAUCCUUGUGCCUAAAGACGACACAUCACAAAUAAUAAGAUAUAAUAAGAUAAGUUCAACACUGUUGAGCGCACCAUAAUGGCCCCUCUUCUAGAAACCGGAAAGAGAUUAAACUCAAGAGGUUUCAAUACCAACCAAAGCUAGCCAUCGCACCUUCAAAACACGUCUAAACUAAAAUAAUUUGCCCUUGUAAAUUAUGGCAUGAAUUCCAGAGACAUGGAAAAUCUGAUUUGUGAAACAUCCCCCUGAGAUUUGCUGCAGAGGUCACACUGGAGAGUACAUCUGUCUCUGAAGAGAGAAGAGUUAUAUUGCACAGUAGCAUGCUGAGUGAAAUGAAGCACUUAAGAAAUGAUAAUGUAUGCAGCCAUAACUUUAUCUUUUAAAUAAUAUACCUAGUAAUCUUUUUUCUUCUUCCAGGGUUUGGUAGGCAGAAGAGAGAAUCUUUAGACAAAAAAAGACUGAAUAUCUACUGUAAUGAUCAAACGGUUAUAAUCUUUCUUCUUCGUGCCUGCAUCAUGUUAUGUUUUACAAAAGACUGAGUAAGGGGAACGUUUAGUUUUCAUCUGGGGAGGGAGGAUCGCCCAGCUCUGGCUUAAAAGUUGAUAUGAGAGGGAUCAUUGUGAAUUUUUAGUUUUGUGUUCAUUUACUGAGAGAGAAUCACAUGUGUUGUUUUAUUUCUGAGGGUUGUUGCAGUGUAUUUUGUAUUGUUUAAACAGGAAGUGUGAACGUUGUUGCCCUAUUAUUUGAAUGUUGUUUGUAGUGUUGCCUAAAAAUUGAGGGGAGAUAUUAAAACACGUUUAAGCCA